GUCUGAAGCAACAGGAGAGAAAAAAAGAGGACAUCGCCGAUCCUUAAUCGAUCGACUCCUCCCCGACUGGGUUUCCCAAACUCGAAACACUCCAUUCUCUCGAGCACUUUACCAUCCAGCUUCUGCAUCUGGGUUGCACGCGCAUGGUCCUUUGAGCUGCCCUAGCAAUUAAUGUGUUUUGGGUUUUUGUCUUGGAUCAAUCCUGAUCGCCCCCCUUCAGCGACGGCAACCACCACCCCAGUCCCCAGUUCCCAGCCACCGAUAUUUCUUUCCUCUGCCGCCGGGACCCGAGUCACCCGCAUAAGCAUAAGCAUACUACUACAACUCUUGUACACUUUUAGUACAAACAACACUUUCUUUUCAAAACCCGCCUCGGCGCUUCCCCUCUCUUCAUUUUGGGAAAUUGGCUCCUGCCUCUCCUGCCUCGACAACAUAUUCCCGACAGGAAAAGGACCCAAAAAAGAAAGAAAAGGGAGGAAAGAAGAGUCGUCAGGUCAUAGACGGCAGCGACAGCCAUGGGUCCUACCAAGAGCUCUAACUUGGGGCAGAUCAUCGAGUACAUCCCAGACCGCCUGUACCUCGCCUCCUACAUACAUCCACCCACCGAGGACACCCUCUUCCCUUAUCCCGAUGGCUCCAUAAGAUCACCUGGCAAGCGUUCGCAGAGAGCCGGCCAAGGCCCUCAGGCAGUCCAGAAGCCAGCCUACAAGCAGCCCUACUACUUUACCGUGGAUGACACCCUGCUCUACAACAACUUUCACCAUGACUUUGGUCCAUUCCACAUCGGCCACCUGUACAGAUUUGCCCUGCAGUUCCAUGAGAUCCUCGGUGCCGAUAAGAACAAGGACAGACCAGUCGUCUUCUGGAGCAGGGCCGACCCUAGGAGCCGCGCCAAUGCCUCUACCCUGCUGGCAUGCUACAUGGUCCUGAUCCAGUCAUGGCCACCACACCUUGCCCUGGCACCCAUCGCCCAGGUCGAUCCGCCCCUGAUGCCCUUCCGUGACGCUGGAUACAGUCAGGCCGACUAUGGUAUCACCGUCCAGGAUGUUGUCUACGGCGUCUGGAAAGCCAAGGAAGAAGGCGUCUGCGCCCUGGAGAACUUUGACCUCGACGAGUAUGAGCGCUUUGAGCGUGUCGAGCACGGAGACUUCAACUGGAUCACACCAAAUUUCUUGGCCUUUGCCUCGCCCCAGCACGAGCCCGUCGCCAAGAUCCCCGAGACCUCAGAGCUCUGGGCUACGGUGCCCAAGACCCUGGCUGCCGUCGAUGCUCACCCGACGCUGCCGCAGCCCUUCAAGAACGUCCUGAAGCACUUCUCGGAGCGCAACAUUGGCCUCGUCGUGCGUCUCAACUCAGAACUGUACUCACCUUCAUACUUUGAGGGCCUGGGUAUCACGCACCUGGACCUGAUCUUCGAGGAUGGCACCUGCCCAGCCAUGCCAACCGUGCGCAAGUUCAUCCGCCUGGCACAUGAGAUGAUCACUGUUAAGAAGAGGGGCAUCGCCGUCCACUGCAAGGCAGGACUGGGCCGCACAGGAUGCCUGAUUGGUGCCUACCUCAUCUACAGAUAUGGCUUUACCGCCGACGAGGUCAUCGGCUACAUGAGGUUCAUGCGGCCAGGCAUGGUUGUCGGGCCCCAGCAGCACUGGCUUCACCUCAACCAGGGCGUCUUCCGGGAGUGGUGGGUCGAGGAGCGCAUUGAGAGGAGGCUCCGCAAGGAGAUGGCCGCAGCUGCUGCCGCCGCCGCCAAUGCCAACGCGAACCCGAGCACGCCUGUCCGCACCAUCCACAAGGCCAACAUUGGCCGCAGCCCGAGCAAGACCUCCACCCCCUCCCGCAGCGCCUCCAACAGGACACCCCUGGGCGAGGUGGAAAACGACCGAACAAACAUCACUGCAGACCAGGAGAACUAUCUUCCAGCGCCGACACCAGGACAGCCACGCAAGACCCGCCAUUAUCCUCCCAGCAGCCGCGGUAUCCCUCGUGCCGCCAUGGAGGAGAGCUGCGCGGUCCAGGAAGACGUCGAGAUCAUGUCUGUCAAGAAGCGCAGCUCGGCCAACAACGGCGACUCAGACGAGGAGAUGCAGAUGCGCGUGCGUACCGGCCGGAGGUCCUCCGUCUCGCCCAACUCUGGCAAGUCACGUUCUGUUAGCCACACAACGACGACUACCAGCAUCUACACCUCCCUGAUUGACGACGACGCCUCCAAUGACGUCGAGAACAUCGGCAGCUCGCUCAACAGCAAGGCCAAGGGCGCAAAGCCCCCACUGCGCUCUACAUCCGCUGGUGGCGUUCUCACCAAGGUCCGGGGCAGCAGUCGCGGUCCCGACGGUAAGGGGCCGUCCGGUGUCCGCAAGACCAGCGGGCGUGUCGGCAGCAUGACCAGCCCCACAGCAGCCGCAGCAAACACAGCACGGAAGAUCUCAGGUGCGAUAUGAAAUCGAAGCCACGCCCGACAGCGAGUCCCUCCAUACAAUGUUCCCGGGCAUCGUGCGGCCCGAGAGCAGUGCGAUGAGGACGAGCUUACAUCUGGAUGAUUCAUGAUCGUUACGAAACCCCCCCCCCCUUUUUUUUUUUCUUCACAUGCUGUUCUUCUUGCAUACCCGCGACGGCGUUCAUCAAGGGAUAUAUCGAAUAGGUGGAAAUAUCUACCGGGAAGCGGAGUUGGGAAGCAGGCUAUGCUAGUCGCGACGGCGUUUGGUGUCGUCGGUGAUCUAGAAGCAGUGCUUCAUUGCUUUCGGAAUUUGAAUUGGGGUUUUGAGAGUAUAAACUCUCUUGGUUGGCUUUCUAUAUUGUAUGUGUCAUCAGUAGUCUCACACGAAUGAUGAUGGACUGGUAGAGGAAAGGGAGACGGAUAGGAAACAGGAGACAUCAACAGCCUCAAGGGAAUAAACGAUAACAACAAGCUGUGGUUGAGCAAUUCGACUGGGGAGAGGCGGAAACAAGCAAGCAGACAAGCAUUGAUUAUCGUCUCAUUCUUCACACAUGGGCCCGCUUCUGGAGCCAUAGGGUAGCCGGUGGGAUUGGUCCUUCUGGCCUUGUUCUCUUGCAUUUAUUGUCAGGAAAUACAUUUGCAUGUUUGCAUCUUCAUG